AUUGACAUGAUACUUCCGCGGCUUUUCAUAGCAGCGCUCGCGGCGCUGGGAGGAGGAGGAGGAGGAGGAGGAGAUGGAGUGCAGGCAAGAGUGGUGCCGCCGCCUAGGUCAGCGGUUCGUGAUGGAUAUGAUCUCGUGCAACCCGUAUACCGCCCCCUAGACCUAGGCUCGGUGAAGCCGCUCGGGUGGUUCAAGGACCAGCUCGAGCUCGAGGCCGCGGGCUUGUCGGGGAACAUGUUUGACUUCUACCGCUUCGUCCACGACUCCCGGUGGAUCGGGGGGGAGACGGAGUAUUCUCACCUGGACGAAGCCUCACCCUACUGGUUCAACGGGCUCGUGCCGCUAGCCUUCGGGCUCGGCGACGAGCGGAUCCGCGGCCAGGUCAAGUACUACCUGGACUACAUCCUCGACCACCAGCAGGAGGACGGGUGGAUCGGGUUCGAGACCACGCGGCAGACGCGGGGGCUCUGGGCGCGGUGUCUGGUGCUGCUGGGCCUGGUCCAGUACGCGGAGGCGGACCCGACGCAGACGGAGAGGAUCGUGGAUGCGAUGCAUCGGUAUGCGGUGCUUGCGCAUAGUAUGCUCAAGGACAACUACACCGGUCUCAUCGUGCACGGGGACGACGUCUUCGACACGGCGGGGUUUGGCGUCGGUCGCACGCAUGAGAUGCAUAUCCCCAUGCAGUGGCUCUUGGAGCGGUAUCCCCGAAACAACUCCCAGAUUCUGUGGGAGGUUAUGGAUCUCAUGAUCGACGGCGGUGUCGAGUGGGGAGCAGACUGGAGGACUUUCUGGACCGAGGAAGCCUACCCGAAGGAUCUGUACGAAUCUAAUAACUUCAACCUGAGCUGGGUCUUUCUCCACGGGGUCAAUAUGGCACAAGGCCUACGCUACCCCUUAUCCCUAUACCGCAACACGGGAGACGAGGCGCUCAAGCAACAGACCCGAGAUGCCGUCGACCUGCUGGCGGCCUACCACCGCUCUCUCGCCGGCACCAUCAUCGGAGACGAGUACGUCAGCGACCUGAACCCGUCCAGGGGCGCCGAGCUCUGCAUCGCCGCCGAGGUCAUGUUCUCGGCCGCGUACAUAUACCAGUACCUCGGCGACAACGACAUUGCCGACUGGGCCGAGCAGACGGCGUUCAAUGCGUUCCCGGUCUCUGUGUCGGCUGAUUGGUGGUCGCAUCAGUAUGUUCAGCAGGAAAAUCAGCCGUGGUCUCGCAAUCUAAGCACCAGCGAGCUUUGGCAGGACGUUGACUCGUACUCUAACGUAUUUGGCCUUGAACCGAAUUAUCCCUGCUGCACAGUAAACCACCCACAAGCCUACCCCAAAUUCCUCGCCAACUCCUUCGCCACCACCGCCGACGGCAACGGCCUAGCGCACGUUUUCCUGAUCCCGGGCACCGCCGCCACAACCCUCGUCGGGCCCGACGGCGGAAAACCCAACGCCGUCCGCGUCACGGCCAACACCACGUACCCCUUCGGCCACACGAUAACGUACGCGAUAACCGCCGACUCCGCCUUCGACUUCUACGUCCGGAUCCCCGGCUGGGCUGACCCGGAGCUCAGCACCUUCACCAUCGCUUCCCCUUCUUCCUCUUCCUCAUCACCAACCCCCCUCUCCCCCGCCCCCUCCACCUCCCUCCAAAAAAUCCCCAUCACCAACCCCACAACCAGCCUAACCCUCCGCCUCGCCACCACCCCGCGAACAACCUACCACGCAAACCACACCGCGGCCCUCUACCACGGCCCCCUCCUCUACGCCCUCGCCGUCGAGCACGACACCGUGGCCCUAGCCCCGCGCACCUACCGCACCGGCGCCCUGCUGCCCCCCAACACCACCGACCCGCACGGGCACACGCGGGACCACCGACUGACUCCCAAGGCCGGGUCGCGGUGGAACGUGGCGAUUGAUCCGCGGCAGGUGAAGGUGGUGGUGCGGCGCUCUUCCUCUUCCUCUUCAUCAUCAUCCUCGUCCUCCGUGUUUGAAGAACACACCGACCCCAUCCUCGACCUCGACCUCGACGCCGACGCCGACCCGCUGCUCCCGAACCCCAUCUGGGAGCUCGGCGCGCCGCCCGUCGAGCUGCGGGUCGCCGCCGUGGAGAUCGAGUGGCCCGUGGCCUUGGACUCGGCGGCGGACCCGGGGACGUUCGACGUGAAGGCGGUGGGGGAGCCGUUCGUGGCGCGGUUUGUGCCGUACGGGAGCAGCAAGCUGCACAUGGCCUUGUUGCCGGUUGUGGAGUUGGAGGAUGUGGAUUUUGGGGGGGAGUUGUAGCAGUAGUAGCAGUAGCAGUAGCAGUAGCAGUAGAGUAAGACAGAAGGCCGGGCACGGGAAUAGGUAACUAUCAUGCAAGCAUGCAUCUAAGAUAAAAGAGGGAAUAUUCAAAUUUGAACUUGACUCGUUAAAAAAAUAAGUUUUAAACCUAGGUAUUUUUCUUUUGCUUCAUGGGAUAAAACUGAAGAGCACGCACGGCGGGAACAGUCCACUCCGAACCAAACAUUCUAAUUCCAUCCCUAGGUAACUAAAACACACACCC